AUGCCUCCAAAUCCGAUGUCCAAGAAACGUCUCCACCAAGGCUCCCACGACCGCACCCACCUGCUCGUGUGGCUCGCCGCCAUCUUGUGCACCGUCUUCGCCAUCGCCGUCAUCGUCGCCGGCAUCGCUGCCUUCAUCGGCUACAUACUCAUCCACCCUCGAAUUCCAACCCUCAGCGUCAGCUCCGCCCACCUGGACCUUCUCCGGAACGAUCUCGCCGGGCUUCUCCAGACUCAGGUCACCGUCUUGAUCCGGGCCCAGAACGGAAACGGUAAGGCCCACGCGUCGUUCUCGGACAUAAAGUUCAAGCUGAGCUACCAAGGGCAGGGCAUCGCGGUGCUGCGGUCGGAUCCGAUCAAUGUGGCGAAGAACAGUUCGCGGUACCUAAACUACGUGGUGCAGUCGUCGUCGAUACCGCUGACGCCGGAACAGAUGGCAGACGUGACAAACUCGUGGCAGAGGAAUCUGAUAGGGUUUGAUCUGAAGGGAAAUGCGAGGACUCAGUGGAGAAUAGGGCGAUUAGGGUCUGUCAAGUUCUGGUGCCAUUUGGAGUGUAUGCUCAAGUUUCAUCCUCUUAAUGGAAGUUACAUUCCCUCUCGCUGUACCACCGAAUCCAAAUGA